AUGUUAAGGUUGUGUAUCUUACUCGCAAUUGCUGUCGCUCUCCCUUUUACUGCAGAGCAAAACAAAGUCCUUAAAGUGAAGACUGCACAGGUCGGACAAAAGUUGAAGGACACUGUUCAAGAGGUACAAACAAAGAAUUCUAACAUAGAUAACCUCAACAAAAAGGUCACAAAAAAUGAUGAGGAGAACUCCAUUGCUCACAAAAAUUUGGAACAAACACAAAAAGAAGCACUUGACCUUGUGAAGUCUCAGGAGGCUGCUUUAAAGGCCCUCGACACUAAAAAGACUGCAAAACAGCAAACUAAAAAGCUUCAGAAAAUCGACAAGAAGGUUGCCAACGCAAAGAAGACUGCAGACAAAACCAUCAAGAAGACUGCCGAGAAGAAGAAACAGCUGAAGAAACAAGUCAAGAAGGACAUGAAGAAAGAAAAGAAGUUACUUGCAAAGGAGAAGAAAGUUUUGAAAGACUUGAACAAGGCUGUGAAGAAAGGGGACAAAGACAAGCAGACGGAAUACAAAGCCAAAUUAGCAAAAAUUGAGAAAAAAGUGAAGACUCAAAAAGCCAAAGCCCAAAAAGACAAGAAAAAGUUGAAAGCACUGAAAACUGUUCAAAAGAGUACAUCCAAAAAGUCGGAAGAAAAACUUGCAAAAAAAGCCGCCCAAAAAGCUAUCAAGAAAGAGCAAACCAAAUUGAAAAAAGCUGAAGCCAAAAAAGACGCCAAAACAGAAGCCAAGAAAUUAGAGAAAACAAAAGCCAAAAAAGACGAGAAAAAGAAAGCGGAAGUGAAAAAGGCAGAGAAGAAGGAGCAAAAGAAGGCCAAAAAGGUUGAGAAGAAAUUGAAAGCCGCUAAAAAAGAGCAAAAGAAGAUUGAAAAGAAGGCAAAAAAAGCAGAAAAGAAAAUGAAAGAAGAGAAGAAAGCAAAGAAAGCCACAAAGAAAGAGCAGAAAAAGGUUGAGAAGAAACAACAAAAGAAAGUCGAGAAGAAAGCCAAAGCCGCCAAAAAACAAGCGCAAAAGGAACAAAAGAAAGUGGUGAAGCAAGCAAAGAAGCAAGCCAAAAAGGCUGAGAAAGCUGCCAAGAAGUCACAGAAGAAAAUUGAAAAGGCAAAGAAAGUGACAAAGAAAGAAGCGAAAAAAGAGGCAAAAAAGACUCUUCAAAAGGUCGACAACAAGAAGAUCUCAAAGAAACUCACUUUCAAAAAACUCGCAAAAUUCCUCGACACGAAGACACAAAAAGCUGUAGAACUUCAUGAAAAGGCUUUAGGCAAUUUGGAUGCUGGAAACAAAAAGAAAGCUGUUGAAACUGAGAAGAAGGCGUACAACACUGCUGUAGAAGCUUUGACUGGUAAGAAGGUUGAAGAGAAGAAAUCCACUCCAGCCGCGACAAAGAAGACGGUGAAAAAGGCGGAGAAGAAACUUGCCAAAGUGAAAGCGCAAACAAAGAACAUUAAAAAGCAAGAAAAGAAGGCGGAGAAGAAAGUUGAGAAGAAGAUGAAGAAGGCGGGACAAGACAAAAAGCAAAUUAAGAAGGUUCUCAAGACGAUGAAAGCCAAGGCCAAAAAAGAUGCUAAGAAGUUAGCAAAAGUCCAGAAGAAAGCGGAGAAGAAGAUCGCCAAAGCACAGAAGACAAAAACUAAAAAGGAAGUAAAAAAAGCUAUUAAACCGGCUGAGAAGAAGACGGAGACCCCAAUGAAGAAGGCUGACAAGAAAUUAGUGAAGACCUUAGUCAAAGGCAAGACCGACACUUCGAUAGGAGGAGUUCUUCCAAGAAAGAUAGCCAAAGAUAUCAUUAAAGAGUCUUUGACGAUGUCUGGUGUGAAGCAAAAGGGGUGUGCGACCGCUGUUGUCUCGCGAAUAGCGCAACAGGCGAAUCCAAGUCCGAUCAUACAAAAGGCUCGCUCAGACUUAGCUGAUAAGUAA